AUGCUGUUCGCCAUUUCUUCUCUUAUUCUUCUCGCUACACACACCUUCGGGCAAACCCUCAAUGCCUGGGAACAAAGAGUUUUUGAAGAAUGCUGCAAUUACGCAGUGGAUGGAAACAUAACGACCUACGAUGAGGUUGAUUCUCUACCAAAUCGGAUUAGCAUUCUAUUAAAUUUUCCAGAUGUAUACCUUGGCUUUUAUGUCCAAUCCUCAGGCCCUUACAUCACCGAUUACGAUGUUGUAGCUGUCGAAAGUACGACGGACAGAGAGAUUAUUAUUGGCAAGGUUUCCAACGCUACCUCUAACUUCACUGUCGUCAAUUUUUACAACUCCGCUGGCGAAGCCGAGAUUGUGACCGCGACGAUAUUCUUCGAAAUUAAAGGAGUAUCAGAUGGGGGUAGCACUGCGUUCAUCAACGAGAUUUAUCCCAUCUAUUCAGGCGACACCAUUUUCUACCCACCGGGUCAAUCCGCGCAACCCUCUCCAACACAAUCCACUACAGCAACCCCAACAUCCAUUGCAACUCCCGUCAUUCCUACACCCACCGCCCCUAGCAUAAUUCUCAACACCUGGCCCACCAACAGUGCAACUAAACCUUUCGUACAGAGCCCCACAUACAUCGACGGAAACCCAGCCACAGGUCUUACCUCCUCAAGAUAUUUUCUCCUCUUCAACACCCCAAGCACAUACGAAGGAUUUUACAUCCUAUCCCAAUCACCGAACUAUCUGACCGAUUAUCACGUUAUUGGCGAUGGUGCUUCGGAUGCACAGUUAAAUGAGGUUUAUCCAAUUUGGCCUGGUGAUGUUAUAGUGGAUCCUAAUGCUUGA